AUGGGUUCCGCCGAUGUUAAAUUCCCCGUUCGAUAUCAAGAUCCCGACUACCAAGAAAAUCACCGUGCCUUGUUUCUUGGAAAGCUUCUGAAACCUCUGGAGAGUGUCCUUCCUCCCGGAGUCAGCCAGCAGGACUUCAAUUCUGCCAUUGCAGAGUUUGAAAAGGUUGUUGGCAAAGACUAUGUCUUCACAGGCGCCUCGCUGGAGGAAUACGUUGAUCCUUACGAACUGUGGGAGAAUGAAGGCAAAAGACGUAUGCCAAGUGGUGCCGUAUGCCCUGCCUCAGAAGAGGAGCUGCGAGGUGUCCUGAGCGUCGCCAACAAGUACGGGGUCCCCGUAUGGACCUUUUCACGCGGCAAGAAUCUCGGGUAUGGUGGGCCUGCUCCCAGGCUCAACGGUUCUCUCGCCUUGGACCUGCAUCGGAUGAACAAGAUCAUUGAAGUCAACGACAAGUUCUCUUACGCGGUCGUCGAGCCCGGCGUCACAUUCACCGAUCUUCACGAUUACUGCACUAAACACAAGCUCCGAGUGUGGCCCAGUGUCCCGUCGUUGGGGUGGGGAAGUGUCGUUGGCAAUACGGUCGAUCGUGGAACAGGCUUCACACCAACAGCAACACAUCAUCAACACAUCUGUGGACUGGAAGUCAUGCUUGCUGAUGGAGACGUCGUGCGAACCGGCCAAUUUGCUAUUUCAAACUCACCAUCUUCCCACUUGUCGAAAUUCACAUUCGGCCCCUCGAUAGAAGGCCUUUUCCUUCAGAGCAAUCUUGCCAUUGUCACAAAGCUUGGAAUAUGGCUUCAUCCGCAACCACAGGCAUAUAUGUCGUGCUCCUUUGAUAUGCCCAACUUCGAAGAUGUUGAGACCAUUGUUGAGAUCUUUGGCGCGUUACGACGAGACGGGCUACUGCCGAACACCGUUUAUGUUUCUAACAUCGUGGAGUGGUUGGGAAUGACUGGAAAACGCGCCGAGCUGUAUCCCAAGGAAGGACCAAUCCCCAACUGGAGAUUGAAGGAGCUUCAAAAAGAGCUCGGAUUCGGAUACUGGAAUGUCAAGUUUGGUCUGUACGGAGCGAAAGAAGUUGUCCAGGCACAUUUCAACGAGCUAAAGAGGAUCAUUGGCAAAGCCGCGCCAGGCUCGGUGGAUCGGCUCCAGGGACAUAUUUUCUCAGGCGAGAAUGAUGAGCUCCUCGAAGCGACCUCGAUUCCUGACCCUCAUGGUGGCUUCUUCGUCGGAGUGCCGAGCUUGUGGAGUUUGCCCAUGGUCAAAUAUCGGUUGCCCACCGAUCGAGUCGGCAUCGGUGCCCACGCAGACUACUCACCAAUCAUUCCAUCCUCCGGCAAAACAGUGCUCGAAUGGGUGAAGACAGCACGGAAGGUUUGUGAAUCACAAGGCUUCGACCUGUUCUGUGACUUUUUCAUGCAUGAACGACAUGUCAUUUUUGUCAACAUGAUGGUUUUCGACAAGACCAAUCCCGACCAUAGGAAAUCGGUUGAUAUCAUCUUCCGAACCCUGUUGCAGGAGGGCCGAAAGCGUGGUUUCAGCAAGUACCGGUCACAUGUCAAUUAUAUGGAUCUUGUGGCCGAUUGCUACGACUUUAAUGAUCACGCAUACCGGAGAUUUGUCGAGAGACUGAAGGAUACUCUGGACCCCCAAGGAAUUUUGUCGCCUGGAAAACAGGGCAUCUGGCCUGCAAAGUACCGAAAUCAACGUGGAAAAAUGUAA